UUACUUUUUGACUUUUGUUCUUCAACGGUUACAAAAUAGUCUCCUUUUGAUACAAAACGCAGAGACCAUUUUCUUAAGCCUGAACAUUACUCAAUGAAGGUUAUGAAAGCAAUGAAGAAGCUCAAGUUCUGGUCAAGAAAGAAGAGGAAACGUAAGCAAGCUUGCCCAUCUCAGCCUCACCAUUGCUCUUAUGAGUACUCUUCCGCGGCAGCAGCAGCGGUGUUGGUUGAGCCCACAGCGCCUCCUCUUCCUUUAUGGUUCGAUGAGAGCCAGAGUCUUUGUCAGCCAGAGACAUCAGCAUUUCCUUGGCAUACUCCUCACCAACAAGUAGAAACCAUCGUUGAAGCAACCCCGUUAUUGUUGUCUCAAGUGUCCGAUCUUCAUAUCUACCAGUCUUAUCAACAGUACAUGGUGCCGAAUCCAACUAGUGACGUCCCCGUUGUAGAACCAGCUACGGCUAAGAGAUCAGUGGGAAUAUUCGGUUGUGUUAUCGAGUUAAGUUCGAGUCUAGUUCGUUGUUUCAUACCGUGAUUGAGCAAUUAUGAAACCGAUUGCGAGAAUAAUUCAACAUCUUUGACAUGUUCCAUGUAUCAUCUUUGCAUCUUCUCAAUGACAUCAUCAUCAAGUUAUGGUCAUAAUUUUCUAGAAA